CCUGUAUAUUCCCUGGAAACCUCCUAUGCGGUUACAUUGAAAGCGCGGGCGUAGGAUAGGGUACAGAAUAAUUUUUGCUCCGAUGUGGUACUGUAGCCGAGCGGCUUGACUAUGUAAUGAAUAAAAAUAGCACUGUUGUCACGAUCGAUCAACACCUCCUUGAACCUGACACAUCAACUUUCUUCCGCUCUUCCACGAUAUCCGUACUUUGAAAGGGCGUAUAGAAGGCAUAACAUGACACGGAUGAAAGAUAUUGACUGGGACUUGCUGUCGUCAUAUGCUGGGCUAUUGACGUUAGCGAGUACGUCUAUAUACCUGGGCUCUUUGGGCUCUCUACCUAAUACAAAGGGGAAUGGGGCUGAUGAAAGUGACGAGGACGAAGAUGUCGAGAGGGUGUCCUCGGAGGAUGCUUGGUUGUUCCCGCUAAUUGGAUCUGUGACCCUUUUUGCCUUGUAUAUGAUCAUUCAAUACUUUGGAAAGGAGUGGAUCAACUGGCUUCUUGGGAUGUAUUUCUCCGUCGCUGGGAUGGGAUCUGUUUGGAAGUCAUCGAUCUCUUUGUACGUCUUCGCAGUGGGAAGAGAUCGAUGGAAGAAGUAUGGAAAGCACACUUUUACAAUCUAUAAAGAUACCAACAAAAUUCUAACUCUUUCUUGGCGUACACCCACAUUAUACUUGCUUCCUCUAUCCAUCAUACCCUCGGCACUUUAUACGUUCUCGGCUACGAGUCGGAAGUCUGUUCUGCUUACGGAUAUAUUGUCACUCUCCUUUUCCCACAACGCACUAUCUCUGCUUAAAAUCGACUCGUUCAAGACAGGCUCAAUACUCCUAACCGGCCUCUUCUUCUAUGACAUAUGGUGGGUUUUCGGGACUAGAGUGAUGGUCGAAGUAGCGACCACGCUUGACAUUCCUAUCAAGCUGCUAUGGCCCAAAUCUAUGGUCUUCUCGGACUUGCGGGGUUUUACGAUGCUUGGGUUAGGUGAUGUUGUCAUCCCUGGUGCAUUCAUAGCUCUGGCGCUGCGUUACGACUACCAUCGUUUCUCCAGACAGUCCCACAGCGGAACCCGGUUCUCCAGACCUUACUUUCAUGCUUCCCUAUCCGCUUACGUAACUGGCUUGGUAACGACGAUGUCAGUGAUGCACUUUUUCGGCAAGGCGCAACCCGCGCUGUUGUAUCUAAGUCCUGCGUGUAUCCUGUCUUUUGUGAUGACAGCCCUCUGCCGCGGUGAGCUUUCUGAUGCGUGGGACUGGAGUGACACACCACCGCCGGCUUCGCAAGACCAAGACGCUGGGGAUCAUAUGGAAGAGAAAGCUGUGGAAGGCGGAAGUUCCGAAUCGAAGGACUAGGGGGUCUACGAAUACUUACCUUCG